AUGAUUGCUUGUUUCUUUCUGGGCAGUGUCCUGGCCUAUGGCCUGGUCAUGAUAUUAUAUCGACUACAUGUUCAUCCGUUGAGCAAGUAUCCCGGACCUUGGCUCGCAGCUGUCACUGGUCUGUAUGAAAUCUAUUUCACGGCAUGGGGAGUGGGAUCCUUCGAGGACGAGGUUGAUCGAAUGCACCAAAAAUAUGGACCAGUGGUACGCAUUACACCGGACGAAGUACACGUCCAGGAGCAAUUGUACCACACCAGCUACGCCGACGGCUGGAUCAAAGGCACUGACGGACUGGACUCUAGCCGGAACCUCUCAGAAAGGGCCAGCCAGCGCUUCCAAAGUAAGAAGCGAUCAAUCUCAAGAGCUAGAUCGAUCCUCCAGGUGGAAGUGCGCCUAAUCAUCCGCGGCCUGGUACAAAGACACCAGCUACAUCGGGUGUUCGGUACGCCGUUCCCCCCGUUCAGGUCUUUACCAGGAGCGCAUGAGACCCGAGUCGAUCCGGAAGAGAGCGAUCUAGAAGAUGGCCAACACAGGGUCGCUCGAUCAAUUGGCCCGGCAAGGCCGAUUCAAGCCGCGAAAACGUCCCUGGCAGCAUGA